ACCAUGUCGGUGCGGGAGCUCAACCGGCAGCUGCGGGGCGUCAGCAAGGAAGAGGUGAUCCGGCUGAAGCAGAAGAGGAGGACCCUCAAAAACAGGGGCUAUGCCCAGUCCUGCCGUUUCAAGAGGGUCCAGCAGCGGCACGUCCUGGAGUCGGAGAAGAACCAGCUGCUGCAGCAAGUGGAGCACCUAAAGCAAGAGAUCUCCAGGCUGGUCCGGGAGAGGGACGCCUACAAGGAAAAGUACGAGAAGCUGGUCAGCAAUGGCUUCAGAGAAAACGGAUCCAGCAGCGACAACCCUUCCUCUCCAGAGUUUUUCAUGUGA